AUGCCGAUGAUCAGGCUUGAAGAAGAAAGAUUUGAGAGGAGGUCGAGAGACAUAAGAAAGCAUCUCGGAGGGCCUCUAGUUGUUAUGCUGGGGAAGAGCCAGGAUGUUCUUGAAUUUCGAAUCAACUCUGCUCUGUUCAUCUAUCUACUUGGAUACGAGUUCCCGGAGACGAUUCUGAUAGUUGAUGAUGUAUGCACGGCAAUAACAAGCCAGAAGAAGUCUGCAAUUCUUAGGCAAAUAGGGAGCCUGAACAUUGUUGUGCGCAACAAAGACAACUCGAACAUGGACGAGAUUUAUAAGAUUUUCAAGGGUUCGUACUAUGUUGUGGGGUCUGAGGAGAUUGUGGGAGACUUCUGCAGGGAUGUUCUUAGGAGAAUUAACGCAUCUGAUGUCACCGACAAGUUGUCUGAGAUGUUCCUGACGAAGGACGCCGAAGAGAUUGAGAACUGCAGGGCAUCUGGUGCAGCAGUAUCUGUGCUGAUGAGGAAGGGGAUGGAGAUGUUGUGGGACGGAGCAUUUGAAAAGGGAAAGCUUGAGGAUCUGAUGGGCUCUGAUGUGGAGGGGAUUGACAUGACCCCGGGGGAAUUUUCAUUUCCUAUGGAAUAUACAAGAGACAGGCUCAGGAUUGGGAUACGAUACAAUGGAUACUGCAGCGAGAUGUCCCGGACGAUUGUGACGAAUAUGGAGGAGGCAUACAUGGCACAGGAGUACAUCCUUGGGCUUGUCAGGCCAGGGACGGACUCUGGGAUUAUAUAUUCCGAGGCAGAGAAGUACCUUUCAUCGAACGGACUGGAGUUUGGGGCGGACUUUAUAUACACGGUUGGGUUGAUGAGCAAGGAAAGAAGCUUCCAAAAGCCAUUUACUGUGGAGAAGGGAUGUAUUUUUGUAAUUAACUUGAACAACGAAACGGUGUCUCUAUCGAACACGUUUUUGCUUGGAGAGACACCUGAAUACCUGACAUUGCAGGACACGGCACCGGACUUUCUGGACAAGAGAUCGAGGUUCCGCGAUAAGACAAAGGAGCACGAGCUAAAUAUGAGAAGAAAGGAGCAUCAAAAGGAACUUCUCGACAAGAUUAUCGAGGAGAGGCUUGAGUUCUACAGGAAUCUUUCUGAUGCAGGCAAGGAUGAGGAAAAGAGUGAAGCUAGAAUAGUCCCGUAUAGCAAGGAAAGCCUUGUGCCGAGGCAAGGGAGGCUGAUUGUGGACUUCGCAAGAGAGUCGAUUGUUGUGCCUAUCGGAAGCUAUGCAGUUCCAUUCCAUGUUUCGAGUAUCAAGAGCGCUGCUGUCACAGAUGACAAGAUCCUUAGAAUCAACUUCAAGACCGAGUCCAAGGGAAAGGAAGAAACAGAAGAGGCGGAAUGCGAGCAGAGAGGGGAAAGCUUCCUGAGUACCAUUAAGUCGAUAAGCAUUCGUGGAAACAACUCUAGAGAUCUUCUUGAGGAGAUAAACAGCCUGAAGAAGGGGCACUUGACAAAAGAAACCAUAGAGGAUGUAGAAAGUCUUGAAGAGUUGAAGAUUUCCUCAAGGCCGCUUAGCCUUACCGACGUUUACAUGAAGACGGACAUAAGGACUGGGUCGAGGAAAAGGAAGGUUGGGAAUCUGGAGCUCCAUGAAAAUGGAUUUAGAUUUAAAGGGGAGGAUGUUGUGAUUUUAUUCUCAAACAUUCGGCAUAUAUUCUUUUCCGAGGGCAAUGUGGAAACAAAUGCGAUUCUUCACUUCCAUCUGCUCAGUCCGAUUCUUACCGGAGGAAAAGUUGUGAAUGUACAGUUUUACCGAGAGGCUGGGAAUACCAUGGUUUAUGACACCAUGAAAAGAGGAGACGAGCACAUGGAGUACAUUAUUGAAAAGGAAGAAGAAGAUAGACAGCAGGCUAUUAACCAGCAGUUCCGCUCGUUUGUAAGCAGCAUCGAGUCGGAAACCCGGUUUAAGGUUCAGAUUCCGAAGGCCGGAUUCUAUGGCGUUCCGUUCCGAGAAAGCGUCAUGAUCAAGCAGACUCACGAGUGCCUUGUCAGCCUUGAUGAGGCACCAUAUUUUGUGCUGACGCUGGAAGAUGUGGAGGUUGUCAACUUUGAAAGGGUUGUUCUGACUGUCAAGACUGUGGACGUGCUCUUUAUCCUGAGGAACAGAUAUCCUCUGGAUGUAGUUAUGAAGAACAAGUCGCGCCUUCUUGUGAGCAUACUAAGUGUAGAUGUGCAAAGCAUCAACAAGCUCAAGGAAUACCUCGACUCGAACAACGUUCUGUUUAUGGAAACUUCGGCGAGCAUUCGAUGGAACAAUGUCAUCGGAAGUAUAAUGAAGGAUCCAAUUUCAUUUUACGAAGACGGAGCAUGGUCAGGGCUUAUGGUUGGGGACAGCGAGGAGAGUUCUGAGGAAGAGCCUGAGACAUCUGAGGAUCUGAGCUCUUCUGACACGGAGACCCUUUCUACCGAUGACGAUGAUGUAAGCGAUAUAUCGAGCGAAGACCUGGAAGAAGAUGAAAGCCACAAUGAUAGCUCAGAUGAUGAGGACUCCGAAGACUACGAGGACGAGGACUCUGAGGAAUACGAUUCGGAACCUGGAAAAAGAAGGAAGAAUUAA